GGUAAUUGAGAAUGGGUCCUCAAUGAUGCUAAGUCUACAAUGGGAAGUGUCACACUUCGCUAUUUCUGCUAUGGGUGCCUUUUCACAUCUGUGACCUGGACACUUCUGCUCUUUGUUUAUUUCAACUUCAGUGAAGAGAACCAGUCCUUCAAGAAUGUGCCCGUCAAGGGGCUGGAACCUCAGAGGCCAUUUCCAAAAAAGUUCUACCCCCGUUUUACGCGGGGGCCUGUUCAUAUACCUGAAUUGCAACAGAAAGAAAGUAAGAUAGGAAAUCCUCUUCGAAAUCAUGUCCAGGACCCAGUUAAGGGGCAGGUAGAAUUCUCUCCUGAAAUGGGAAUGAUUUUUAAUGAAGAAGAUCAGGAAGUGAGAGACCUGGGCUAUCAGAAGCAUGCUUUCAAUAUGCUUAUCAGUAAUCGGCUGGGAUACCACAGGGAGGUGCCUGAUACAAGAGAUGCGAAAUGUAGGGAGAAGUCCUACCCUUCUGAUCUGCCGUCUGCCAGUGUUGUUAUCUGUUUCUACAAUGAAGCGCUUUCUGCCCUGCUUCGCACAGUGCAUAGUGUCCUGGAUCGCACUCCUGCACACCUUCUUCAUGAAAUUAUUUUGGUGGAUGACAACAGUGAAUUGGCUGACUUGAAGAAAGACUUGGGUGAAUACGUUAAAACGCAGCUUCCAAAAACCACAAAAUUGGUAAGAAAUGAGAAACGGGAAGGCUUGAUUCGAGGAAGGAUGAUUGGAGCCUCUCAUGCCACAGGUAUACUUUCUUUGCUGGUAUUCCUGGACAGUCACUGUGAGGUGAACGAGAUGUGGUUACAACCUCUGCUGACUCCUAUCAGAGAAGAUCGCAGGACUGUGGUGUGCCCUGUGAUUGACAUAAUCAGUGCUGACACGCUUACCUACAGCUCUUCCCCGGUUGUGCGUGGAGGGUUUAACUGGGGCCUGCACUUUAAGUGGGAUCUUGUUCCUUUGUCAGAACUGGAAGGACCCGAGGGAGCCACUGCUCCAAUCAAGUCACCUACUAUGGCUGGAGGCCUGUUUGCCAUGGAUCGCGAGUACUUCAAUGAACUUGGACAAUAUGAUAGUGGCAUGGACAUCUGGGGAGGAGAAAAUCUGGAAAUAUCUUUUCGGAUCUGGAUGUGUGGUGGUAGACUUCUGAUCAUCCCCUGCUCCAGGGUGGGACACAUUUUCCGUAAGAGGCGUCCCUAUGGCUCACCUGGGGGACAGGACACUAUGGCUCAUAACUCACUGAGGCUGGCACAUGUAUGGAUGGAUGAAUAUAAGGAGCAGUAUUUUGCUUUGAGACCCGAGCUAAGGAUGAGGAACUAUGGAAAUAUUACCGACCGUGUAGAAUUGAGAAAAAGAUUGAACUGCAAGUCAUUUAAGUGGUAUUUGGAUAAUAUCUAUCCUGAGAUGCAAAUAUCUGGGCCAAAUGCCAAAGCUCCACAGCCAGUUUUUAUUAAUAGAGCACAGAAACGACCGAAAAUAAUCCAGCGUGGAAGGUUGUAUCACCUUCAAACCAACAAAUGUCUGGUUGCCCAGGGCCACCCAAGUCAGAAAGGAGGCCUGGUAGUGGUUCGGGAAUGUGACUACAAUGAUCAAAACCAG